CUCUCCGAUCAGCAAUCCUCUAUUGUUCAAGCAUGUCUCUUCCUCUGUUGACUCUCUAGUCGGGUUGUUGUGCCUGGUAUGCGACAGUGAACCCGGCUUUUGUUUCUACCUGACCUACUGGAUUGCAGCAAAGUACAAAGGACAAAGUACUUGCUACCACUUACGUACAGGGUUCCCCAACUACCUAGGUAUCUAAAAUAAACUCCCCCGACGCUUUAUCGAUAAAGGCCAGCCGACACGCCAAGACGUCCCUUGCGAGUUUGCAUCACGCCUCUUCCCUCUUCCUCAACCCGGUUCGUGUCAGGACCACAACAUCUCGUCAUGGCGCCAGAGGAGGAUUUAAAGAAGCGUGUGGCGCGGAGGCUGACCAAGAGGAGAAAGGAGGGACACCAGGCCACCAUGGAGAUCCCAGAGCGUUUUCGUGAUGGGGAUGAUGCGGACGAGGACUGCACCGCUCCUCUCGGUGCCAACACCUACGUGAACCAGUCUGUCUUUGGCAUGAUUGCAGCAGCUGGGUCUCAAGUCGAUUUCAAUGCUCGAUUUGAUGGCCAGUCGAGCGACGAUGAGGAUGACUCGGCGGACUCUCCACCACAAGGCUCUGAUUUACAGGCGGAUCGACCUCCUCAAGAAGAUGCGGCAGCAAAGACCAAGGAGCGGCGGAGAUUUAUUGAUCGUAAACUUAUGCAAUCCGUUCCGCGACUGGGCUCGCGCCUCUCAAGAUCAAGGUCGAAGAGCCCAUCAAAAAGCGUCUCGCAAACCCCGGAAUCUGCUGAAGAACCCCCUCCAGUCCCCGAGAUAAAUGCUCCACGAAUGACCUUAAGCGAUGCUUCGGUGAUGAAACGAAUGUUAGAAGCAAAAGCAGAACUGUCCACGAGGCCGAGUUUUGAUAUGCCACGGUUGGCGGAGGAAAGCACAAAGGCGGAUGAUGCGGGGGACGAAGCGUCGAGCACCCUGGAGAGGAGACUCAUGGAGAUCUUCCAUUUCGACAAACCGGAGCGUGUUGUAUCAGAAUACCCGUGCUGGCUACUACAAAGCGUUUUGCUGCAAGGUUAUAUGUACAUCACGAGCAAGCAUAUCUGCUUCUAUGCGUAUUUACCCAAGAAAUCUAACGAGGUCGUCAAAUCUGGUUACCUAUCGAAAUCCGGUCGACGAAACCCCAAAUAUAACCGAUACUGGUUCCGACUAAAGGGGGACGUCUUGUCAUACUACUCUGACCCUUCCGAUUUGUACUUCCCCAGCGGCAAUAUCGACUUACGUUAUGGAAUAUCAGCAAGCAUGGUAGAUAAGGACAAGGGAAAGGAUGCUACACACUUCACUGUCGUCACGCAUCAACGAAAAUAUCAUUUCAAGGCAGAUAGCACUCCGAGUGCAAAGGAAUGGGUCAAAGCACUGCAGAAAAUCAUUUUCCGCUCCCACAACGAUGGAGACAGUGUGAAGGUAUCUCUGCCGAUCGAGAACAUCAUCGACAUUGAAGACAGCCAAAUCAUCGAUUUUGCAGACACAUGCAAAAUACGUGUUAUUGAUAAUGAUGAGACAUAUGCGAUUGACGAGUACUUCUUUUCGUUCUUCAGUUUUGGGAAAGAAGCCUUGAAUAUACUGAAAAUCCUGGUGGAAGAUACAUCUGCGCAGCAAAUUCCUGGGCAUGUCUCCAUUUCACCCCUGGCUAGUGACGGUGAUCAUAGUCCAAAGAGCGGCAACUCUAAAUGGAACCCAAUGCAGGCGGUGACAGAUAGCAAGCCUACAUCUCCGCCCAUCCGACCAAGAACACCCCAUUUUGAGGAGAGUGUUAGAGCCACCCUUUCGCCAAUUAGGUAUACUGGAGAUGCAAGUCCUCAUACUAGUACUGAUAUUAGUCGAGCGAGCUCUGAAGCUUUUCGUAGAAGUGCCGACUUUACUAAGUUUGGGAGUCGAAGUACGGAUCUUGGCCGGCUCAACACGGAUCAAGGGAGGAGACGCAGCAUCAGCGCUGGCAAGCAUGGCUCAAGUCGGUACCCCUUGCAAGAGGAGAAACGUCCCUCUGAGAAGCAAGGCUCAUCGGAUUCAUAUGUGCAUUCUCUUGAGGAUCCAUCCUCACCGGGAGCAUUGCCAUCACCAAGUGACGAAACUCAGGCCUCUGCCAGCCAGAUCCUGAGAGGGAGCGAUGUUUUCAUGUCUCCGACUAUACAACGCUCUCGAUCAGCAUCACGGCCCCAGGAUCGCGAUGAUACUCUCACUACUGAAACCCUUCCUCAUUCACCCUCACGAAAGGCCAACAUCCGCAGCAGAACAGUGGUCUAUGGGCACGCAGCAACGACAGGAUCUGCAGAUGGCUCCAGUGCGAGUCAAGCUGGACCUGCGACAUCUGGACCAACAUUACAGAGUCUUGUGAAGGCUGGUUCAUAUCCUUUACAACGAGCCGCAGGGUUUGCCGGAUACCUCAACAAGCAUUCCAAGCGAAUGAGCAAUCUGUUGGCAACUGAGUCCAUGGGAUAUGUCGAGAAAGUUUCCGGGAUGUGGAAAGGAGGCAAAAAGCACUAUGAUGAGCCCCCUGGUCUUUCACCUGAUGAUGACAUGCCUGAAGACGGCGACGACGAGCAAGCUACAGGCUCUGGGGAUCGCUUCCGAGAUCACUUUGCCUUGCCUGCGACAGAGAAGCUCCAGGCGGCUUAUUUUGGUUUCCUACAUCGCGUGCUACCCUUGUACGGCAAGAUCUACAUCAGCGAGAGGACUUUCUGUUUUCGAAGUCUCCUUCCUGGUACGCGAACUAAGCUCAUUCUUCCUCUCAAAGACGUCGAGAAUGUGGAUAAGGAGAAAGGAUUCCGUUUUGGCUACUCAGGACUAGUUAUUGUGAUCAAAGGUCAUGAAGAGCUGUUUUUCGAGUUUAGCCAACCGGAUACCCGAGAUGACUGCGCAGUCACCCUUCUUCAAAAUUUAGAAACUAUGAGAUACUUGAAGGAAUCUGGAUUGUUGACCAUGGAGGAAAAGGAACGUGCAGAGUGCGCAAGCGCUGAACACAACGCGCUCCAGAUGGCACGCAAGGAAGGCAAUGCGGGUCAUGACCCAAAGCUGGCUAAGAGUAUUGAGGGGGUCAGGAGUGAAGCGCCGGCCAUAUUAUUUGACGACCCACGAGCCUCGAUCCUGAAUUUCAAGCCCGCCGAAUCACUCCGUAUAACUUGUUUGACGAUCGGAUCACGAGGUGAUGUCCAGCCAUACAUUGCUUUGUGUAAAGGACUCAUUGCCGAAGGCCAUAAACCAAAAAUAGCAACACACAUCGAGUUCAAGGACUGGAUAAAGAGUCACGGCAUCGAUUUUGCGCCAGUCGAUGGUGAUCCUGCUGAGCUGAUGCGGAUCUGUGUAGAGAACGGCAUGUUCACAUACUCAUUCUUGAAGGAAGCAUCGUCGAAAUUUCGCGGCUGGAUAGACGAACUGCUUUCUUCUGGAUGGAAAGCGUGCCAAGGUUCUGAUAUUCUAAUCGAAAGUCCAAGUGCUAUGGGGGGAAUACAUAUUGCAGAGGCUCUCGGGAUACCUUAUUUCCGGGCUUUUUCUAUGCCGUGGACGAGAACUAGAGCAUAUCCACAUGCUUUCGCGGUACCCGAACACAAGAUGGGUGGUGCUUAUAAUUACAUCACCUAUGUCAUGUUCGAUAACGUCUUUUGGAAGGCUAUCGCUGGCCAAGUCAAUCGGUGGAGAAAGAAUGAGCUUGGGUUGCAAGCAACAAGUCUUGAGAAGAUGCAACCCAACAAAGUUCCAUUUCUCUAUAACUUCAGUCCUUCGGUCGUUGUGCCACCUCUCGACUACAGCGAUUGGAUCCGUGUCACCGGAUAUUGGUUCCUUGACGAAGGCUCUGGUUGGUCGCCGCCUAAAGAACUCACUGACUUUAUCAAAAAGGCCCGAGAUGAUGGAAAGAAACUGGUCUACGUGGGAUUUGGAUCGAUAGUGGUACAAGAUUCUGCCGCCCUCACAAACACCGUCAUCAAAUCCGUAUUAAAGGCUGGUGUAAGGUGCAUCUUGUCCAAGGGUUGGUCGGAUCGUCUCGACAAAAAGGGCGCGAAUGAAGUUGAGGCACCUCUACCACCCGAAAUUCUGCAGAUUAAAUCUGCUCCCCACGACUGGCUAUUUGCCCGGAUAGAUGCCGCCGCCCACCAUGGCGGCUCUGGUACGACUGGAGCUAGUUUGAGAGCUGGCAUCCCGACAAUCAUCAAGCCGUUUUUUGGAGACCAAUUCUUCUUCGGAUCCCGUGUCGAAGAUCUCGGAGUAGGCAUCUUCUUGAGGAAACUUAACGUUAGUGUCUUCUCACGAGCCUUGUGGGAGGCUACACAUAGUGAGAGAAUGAUUGUCAAGGCAAAGGCCCUGGGGCAGCAGAUUAGAGAGGAGAAUGGGGUUGAUACAGCGAUUCAGUCAAUCUACCGAGAUCUCGAGUAUGCAAAAUCUCUUGUCAAGGGUAGGAACGGCAAGUCCGUCGAUGAUGCAAAUGAAGACUCCGAAGAAAGCUGGACGUUUAUCGGAGAUGAUAAUGACCCAGAACUGCUCCGGCGCAUACAUGAUUGGAACACGAUGGCGCUGUCGGGGACACUUCGUAAUAAGAACGGUUCGUCGAAAUCUGAGGCGUCUGGGAGUAAGUAAGAGUUUAGGGCAUGCAAUCCUAGCUACUGUACCAGCACAGCUGGUUGAGAUGCCCACAUGGAGCGCGAGGAGCUUUGGGUCGAUAAUAUGCAAGUGGAUUCCUGGUUCUGGAUGGGUUCGGGCUCGGCGAAACGAGAUAUGACAUACGGUAACGAUAAUAGAUAUACACUGAUGUAUUGAAGGAGCGGGUGCUUUGGUAAUAGGUAAUCAUGGGACGGGCAUUGUUUUGCAGCGCUGUCUAGACUUGCAUUGUUAGAGAGGUACUGUAAUGGAUAUACUCUGCUCCUGGGCAAUGGGUCUCUCGAGUCCCGACACGAAAAAGGCGGCACGAAAGCAGUCUCUUGUCCACAUUCCUCGAACUUUCAGCGAAGUGCCCCG